GAAAUGUUUCGAAAACCCCCCUCCCCACUCCCCGACGGUUCCACGCCGCGCCUCCUCUCUCGCCAGCUCGGCGUCGCCGCACGAGCUCGAGCUCCGAGCGCUCCGGCCUCCUCCGCGCCUCGCUCCAACUCCGACCUCCUCCGCGCCUCUCCAGCUUCGGCCUCCCCCUCGCGCGCCGUGCCUCUCCGCCGCGACGGAGCCCGAGGUCGAGCUCCGCCCCGCCUGCGGCCUCCCCCGCGCACCGUGCCUCUCCACCGCGCCUCUCCAGAUCCGGCCUCCUCCUCGCGCGCCGUGUCUCUCCGCCCCGCCUCCGGCCUCCCCUGCGCGCCGUGCCUCUCCGCCACGCCUCACUCGCCGGAGUCCCGUCUCCCCCGCGCGCCGUGCCUUCCUGCGGCUGACCCCGCACGCACCGGAGUCCCGUCUCCCUCCUUUCUCACAACGCCUGCCCGACGGUUCCUCACCGACGAUCUGCUCAGGUCGCGCCCCUCUUGCCCUUUGACGAGUCUGCGCCACCGAGAUGCUCUGCCGGGCCGCAUGCCCCUCAUUCUAUUUCAGCUCGGCGCCGCGACUCUCACCCCGCGUGCCACCACCGCUCUCCCGCGCUCGCGCCGGCCCGCACUCUUCUGUCCUGCCCGCCGCCGAGCCGCGCGCCCCUCCUCCGCCAGCUCUCCGCGGUGGUACCGGAGGCCAUCUUCGCGGCCACGGCGGAGCACGCCACGGCCUCCACUGCCCCGCCGGAGACCCGGUACGGGGGCCCUUCAGCUGGGGUACAAGCCGACCCGCGUCUCGGGGUACAAGCCGAUCCGCGUCUCGGAUGCCGUCACGCUGGCCCGCGCUCCGCCGACGUUGCGGGCGCCGACGCUACCUCUCCUCUGCCAGCUCUCCGCGAGGCUGAGAGCUCCGCUGGCGCGCGCACCGCCGCCCCCCGCUCACGCCGGCCAAGCGCUCCGCCGUCCGCACGUCGCCGCACCGCGCUCGCGACGGCCCAUCGUGCAGCACGGCUGCGCCUCGCGGCUUGUGCGACCGGCGGCUCUACCCGCCGCCCUGCACGACUACGUGGCCGGGCUGCCGCUGCGCCGCCUGUCGCCUCUCGCUGGCCAACGCGCCCUGAGACUGACGGCCACUGAUGUCGUCGAUGAGGUUCUAUUUCCCACUACUAAUGAGCCUGCCUACAUGACUACAUUUUGCUAGAUGUCCUCACGUGCACGACCACCAUCGACGCACGACGACACCACCGAGCAGGAGUUCAAGUGCUCCCCAACCCCAUGUUUGCUUUUCCACCUCAACAACCAUGGCUUGUACAACAGGAGAUCAACAGGGCAUCUGGAAUACGUUUGCGUGCUUGUCAAUAGCUUUACUAGAUGCAUGUGUUCUUCUCAAGCACCCUCAACCUUCCCCUCCAGAUCUUAUUGGAAUAGUAGGAAGAACAAAGGUCAUCAACUCAAUGCUGACCACAAGAGAGUUCACUCUCUCACAAAUGAAAUCAUGUUAUCCUUGCUACAAUGGAUGUGCCCACCACUGAUGAUUGCUAUGAUACUUUUAGCUUCUGUGCUUGACUGAGCAGAGUAAUGAGUACUGUGUGCUACACCACUUCUUUUCAUUGUGGCGAAGUUUUGGAUAGCAGUACUAAACUAGCAAAUUCAGUUUCUCACUAGAAAAUGCCGCAGCGUUGCCGCGGUUGACCAGUGGAUGAACCAGUGGUAUUCGAUAGAAACAAAAGCAUAGAUAGAAAGUUUUUUUAUAGCCUUUAUGGUGAUCGGCAUGAAGAGAAUAUGUUGUAUAAAAUUCAAUUUAAAAGGCACAUAAACUUGUAGAAUACUAACCAUACAUUGGAUAUUUUUGUAGUACUUUGAUUUUUCAUCAUGCGAUCAUAUAAAUAUUUUUGUAAGCAAAUUGUAAAAGCA